AUGACUAGCCCUCCGUCUGACCGCUGGCAGCGAUCGCCGCUGAGCGACUCUCCCCUCUCCUCCCCCCGCGAGGAUGAAACCACAGGUAACCUGAGAAAGGAAAGGAUCAAGUACAGGAGGUCUAAACCUCCGAGGAACCAUGCGCUGAGGAAAGAUGGUGAAGGAGAGGACGGAGCUGAAGCGCAGAGACCAGGAGCUGAGGAUCCCAGAGCAAGAGAGUCGCUGCAGGAGGCGCAGCCAGUCCCCGAGCACGAGUCUCCUGCUCCCCGCAGCAGCACUGGAGUCCUGGCGCUCAACCUGACUGCCAUCCGACCUGAGCAUCGAGCCGUCACUCUCAACAGCCGCGAGUCCCUCGGGAGCCCUCGGGAGCCGCAGCAGGAGGGGCAACCGCGUCCUCCUAAGACUCCCCGCACUGAGCAUACGAGCAGCAGGCAGGAGCGGGAGGGCGAAGGCACAGGACCCGGGGAGAGCAGGAGCGUCGACACGCCCCGCUCGGGGAUCUCCUUCGAAGCUGGAUGGAACCUGGAGAAGUGGAAGGCGGAGGCGCUUUGGCUGCGGGAGCAGGUGGAAAUGCUGGAGGAGAAAGCAAGGGGGGAGGGAGGAGAAGCGAGCGAGCGGGAGGAAAUGCAGAAGCUUCGGCGCGAACUUGCGGAAAGCCAGCAGAAGAUGGCGGAGGCAAGCAAGAGGAUCUUGAGCUACGAGCGACAGGCAGCGUCUUGGCAGGCAGAGAAAGUCACGCUGCAGCAGGAUGUGGUCGGGUGGAAGCAGGCGAUCAGCAGCCUGAACAUGGAGGCGAAGGCAGAGAUCCUCUCGCUGCAGGAGAAGAUCGCGAGGGAGAAGGUCGAGAACGCGCGGCUGACGCGAGAGCUCCGAGCGAUGCAGGCCAACGGCAACAGCCGAGCUGGCGACAAACAGGUACCCAACAGCGCGAAGAGAGUAGCCAAGGACGAGGACGAGGACGAGGACGAGGAGGUUGGUCAGCUGACCCGCUCCCUUGCAAACGUCCUGAAGCUGCCGGUGGUGACGAAAGUUGUUAAGGGUCUGAAGGGCAGGAAGCAGGAGGAGGAAGAUGAGGAGGGGGAGGAGGAAGGACGGCAGGGGAGGAAAAGCCCCAUGAGCGAACUGAGGAGGACGGUAUCCGAAGUCUCCUCGGCGAUGCUUCAGGUUUCCGCCGCGUCGGAGAGAAGUGACUCUCUGCAGCAGAAGGUCUUGAAGUCAGUGGAUGAGCUGGAGGAGAAACUCGCCCUCUCCGAGUCUCAUUGCUCCCAGCUGCAGUCCCAGCUGCAGGCCACACUGACAACCCUCGAGAGCUCACGGUCGUACGAGGGGGUGAUGGAGAGGAAGCUGCUGGAGGAGGAGCGGGAGAAGGAGAGGAUGAAGGAGGCGAUGGCGGCGCUAGAGGAGGAGGUGAAAGAGUCGAAGAGAAUCUUUGAGCAAGUGAGCGCAGAGCACGGGACGAGCAUCAGGCUGCUGGAGGAGAAGCAGAAGGAGGAGCUGAGGGCGGCGAUCGAGAAGGAGAGGAGAGCAUGCGAGCUGGCGAUCAGUUCAUUGCGAGCCGAGCACGGCAAGGCGCUGAUGAUGGCGACCUACAGCCUGCAGGAGAAGGACGCGCUUCUGCGAGGGAGGGAGGAGGAGAUGGCGAGAUCGCACCAUGAGGAGAUCCAGAGCCUGAAGAGGACGGAGGAGGAGGAGAGGAGGAGGAUGGAGAAGGAGCAUAAGGCUGAGCUUGAGGAGAGGGAGGAGCGCGUGCGGGAGCUGCUCCUGCUGCACCAGGAGGAGCUUACGAGGGUGCAGGCAGAACACGACGAGCGUACAGAGGCUCUUCAACGGAGGCUCCGAGCAUCCGCCGAGCACUCGCAGAGAGUGGACGCAGAUCUCAGCAGGUCUGAAGCUGAGAGGAAAGAGCUUGGCGACGCGCUGAUGAGCUCCAGCUCGGCACUGCGGGCCCUGGCUGACGAGUCGGAGAGGAGGAAGGAGUUGGAGGCGGAGCUGGAGGAGAGCAGGAGGAUGUGCGAGGAGUGGAAGAGACUGCUGGAGGAGAAGUCGGCAGUGUGCGAGCAGGUCAGUCAGAUGGAGGAGAAGGCUACGCAGAGCCUCGGGAUCCUCCGCUCUCAGUGGGACGAGAGUGCGAGGAGGAGGGAGGAGGAGGCUGAGAAGGUGGAGGAGCUGGAGCAGGAGGCGGCCUCCAUGGCGCUGCUUCUGACAUCGCUGAAGUCUCAUGUCGACUCGCUGGUUCUGAAGGCGCAGGAGGAGAAGAAGUCGUGGGGGAGAGAGAGGAGGAGCGCGGAGGAGGAGAGGAUGGAGAGGGAGGAGGAGACGAGAGUGCUGGAAGGGAGGCUAAGGGAAGCCAGGCGUCACGGACAGGAGGCGGAGGAGCGGGUCAAGGAGCUCAAGGAGGAAAAGGAGGAGCUGAAGCUGCGCUUGACCGAGAAGGAGAGCAGGAUUCGCUCGCUGCAGCAAGUGAUCCUGAGCCACGAGCAGCAGCAUGAAGAGAGAGUGCGGGAGCUGCAGACGACCAGGAGGGAACUCAACGAGUCACAUGAUGGGCUGAGGGGUGCGGAGAUGGCGAACAAGAUCCUGCAAGGAGCUGCAGACGCGCUCCAGCAGAAGCUGCGGGUGGUGGAGGAGCGGCAGUGGGAGGAAGGGAGGAGGAGCGUGGAGGCGGCCAGGGAGCUAGCGGGAGUGAACGCCUCCCUGGCACGAGCUUGCUCCAUGCUUGCUAUGAGUGAGGAGAUGAUGAGGCGGCUGUGCGGGGGGAUGGAGGAGCUUUCGUCUCGGCACAUCUUCUUCAUGCAGGAAGCAGCCGCGCGGCAUAUCGCACUGAGGGAAGAGGUCAAGAGGGAGGAGGAGGAGAGGCAGAGGAGCCGUCGGCGGGAGGAGGAGCUCGCGGAGAAGCUGCGGAUAGAGGAGGAGAGGACGAGGGCAACACAGGACAAACUACGGAGGCUACAGAAGGAAGCGGAGGGAAGGGAGAGGGAAUGGAUGACAGAGCUGCAUGCCAUGAGGGAAGAGAUCGCAAGCAAGGAGGAAGAGCUGCGGGCGAUGGAGGAGGAGGUGGUUGAACUCAAGGCCGGAAAGCUGGAAGGAGAGCGAGAGAGGAUGACGUUGCGCAAGCUCUUACAGGAGUACGCGGCAGGACGGGAGGAGCUCGAGGAGGAGGUGGAGAGGAAGAAAGCGCACGCGGAGGUGCUCCUACACCUGAGCAGGAGGAACCAGCCAAGCACGAGCGGCGGGAGGAUGGAAAGAAGCAUCGGCAGGGCGCUGGUGCAGGCGGGGAAGGAGAAGGAGAAGUUGGACCCCUCUCGCAGCUCUCGCUCCAGCCUCUCCACCCCCGAGACGAGGAGGAGCUUGACGGCCGAGUCCCCGUUCGGGAGGAGGGGGCAGGAGCAGCGAGGGGAGAGGAAGAGGGAGCAUGGAGAACUACACAGGAGGAGCACCGAGGGCGCGAAGAGGAGGGAGGAGGGAGGAGAGGAGAAGAGCGAGAGGAGGGUAGAGCUCGAGACGCUCCUCAACUUCGCCAGAGGCGUCGAGGCCCUGCAGCACCUUGCGAACUUGAAGGAAUGA